AUGUCGGUUGCUCCUCCGAACAUUCAGGCCAUUCGCUCCCUCAAUAUCAACAGCUCCACCUCGACCCCACCGCACCCCAACGAGGUCGUCUAUGUGGAAUUCUACAAGAUCCCAUCACCAUGGACAAGUUCGUGGGGCCCUUGGAAGGCCCUGGAGUGCUACCUCAAAGCUGUUCGUCAGAGUCAUGCGCAUGCCCAGGUCUCUGUCGGCGACCUCUUUUCGGAGGGACAAGGAGUGUCCAAGGAUUCAUCAGUGGCCAUGGGGUGGUAUUUUAAGACUGCCUUCCAGGCUGAUAGGAAUGCACUACGCAAGACAGCGGCACCUAAUGCACCUAUCGACAACACGGCCGACAACCAAUGGCGCAACAGCAACGCAACGGAUGUUCAGCCUCCCCACAUGAACAACGAGGUGCAGAUCGCCGCGUCUACCCUUAAAUAUGUCUACCGGACAUUGCUCGAUGCUGGUUUAGGAAACCGGUACUCUCAGGUUGCUGCGGGCGACAUGUAUAUGAAAGGCAAAGGGGUCCCACAAGAUUACCAAGCAGCUAUGGAUUGGUACCUGAAGGCAACUGAGCAAGGAGAUCCUGCCGGUCAACGUAACGUCGGGCGUUUGCAUUACUACGGCCAUGGCGUCCCUCGGGACUAUUCGGCCGCCAUGAGCUGGACGCUUAAAGCCGCCAACCAGGGCUACUCGCCCGCGCAGCGCAACGUCGGCCUUCUCUACCAAAACGGCCACGGUGUGCUCCAGGAUUAUGCUCUGGCGAUGGACUGGUUCCUCAAGGCCGCUAAUCAAGGGUUUGCCAUUGCUCAAGAGAACAUUGGUAUUGUCUACUACAAUGGUGACGGUGUUCCCCAGGACUAUGCACAGGCGAUGGACUGGUUCCACAUGGCCGCCAACCAAGGAAAUGCAUCUGCUCAUUGCCAAGUCGGUGAUCUCUACCACUACGGCCGUGGCGUUUCUCGAAACUUUACAAAAGCGAUGACCUGGUACCGCAAGGCCGCCGAUCAAGGGGACAUUGAUGCCCAGUGUACCAUCGGCUAUUACUAUGAGCUUGGUCAAGGCGUACCUCAGGACUACGGACAAGCAUUGCACUGGUACCUCAAGGCCGCCAGUCAAGGACAUGAGACGUCCCAACGCAACAUCGGCAUUCUCUACCAAAAUGGCCAAGGUGUACCACAGAGCGAAGCCAAAGCCGCAGAGUGGUUUCUGAUGUCCGCCCGCCAGAGAUCCAAGGACGCCAACAAAGUAUUAGAAAAGUUGAAGGAGAGCGAAUGA